AUGGCGAGGCUGAAUCUCGGGAACAUCAAUCCCCACGUCGUCGAGGCCAAGUAUGCCGUCCGCGGCGAGCUGGCCGUCAAGUCGGAGGAAUACCGCGCCCGUCUCCGCAACGGCGACAAGAGCCUGCCCUUCGCCGAGGUCAUAAGCGCCAACAUUGGGAAUCCCCAGCAGCUCGACCAGAAGCCCAUCACCUUCUUCCGCCAGGUCCUGAGCUUGCUCGAGAACCCGAAGCUGCUCGAGCACGAGGAUGUCCUCUUGAACGCGCUAGCCUACCAGAAGGACGUCCUCGAGCGAGCCAAGUGGCUCCUGAGCCAAUGCGGCAGCGUCGGAGCCUACAGCGCCAGCGCCGGCGUGCCCGCUAUCAAGGAGAGCAUAGCUAAGUUCCUCGAGAGGCGCGACGGCUUCCCCGCCGACCCGGCGCACAUCUACCUCUCGGCUGGUGCUUCUUCCGGCGUGAACACCUUGCUGCACAUCAUCUGUGCCUCCCCCACCACCGGCGUCCUCGUGCCCAUCCCCCAGUACCCGCUCUACACCGCGUCACUGUCCCUGCUCAAUUCCACCUGCGUCCCCUACUACCUCGACGAGGCGGCCCAGUGGGGCACGUCUCUAGCCGCUAUCAAGGAGUCCUACAACAAGGCCAAGAGCGACGGCAUCGAUACUCGCGCUAUCGUCAUCAUCAACCCCGGCAACCCGACGGGCGCGUCGCUGUCCGAGGCCGACAUCCGGGCUGUCCUCGAAUUCGCCGCCGAGGAGAAGCUCGUUGUGCUCGCCGACGAGGUCUACCAGACAAACGUCUUCGUCGGCCAGUUCCGCAGUUUCCGGCAGAUACUCCUCACGCUGCAGCGCGAGCAGCCCGGCCGCUUCGACGCCGUCGAGCUCGCGUCGCUGCACUCGGUGUCGAAGGGCAUGGUCGGCGAGUGCGGUCAUCGGGGCGGCUACUUCGACCUGCUCGGUUUCGCCCCCGAGGUCGAGGAGCAGAUCUACAAGUUUGUCUCGAUCACGCUGUGCGCCCCCGUCAUCGGCCAGUGCCUCGUCGAGCUCAUGGUCAACCCGCCGCGGCCCGGCGAGCCCUCGUUCGAGCUCUACGACCGCGAGUACUCGGCCAUAUUCGGCAACCUGCGCUCGCGCGCUUACGCCCUGUACGAGGCUUUCAAGGAGAUGGAGGGCGUCGAGUGCGGCGAGCCCCAGGGCAGCAUGUACCUCUUCCCAACGAUCCACGUGCCGCCACGCGCCACCGAGGCAGCCCGCGCCGAGGGCCGCACCCCCGACGAGUUCUAUUGCAUACGGCUGCUCGAAGCCACCGGCGUCUGCGUCGUCCCUGGCAGCGGCUUCGGCCAGGUCGAGGGCACCCUGCACUUCCGCACCACCUUCCUGGCCCCCGGCACCGAGUGGAUCGGUUCCAUCAAGAAGUUCCACCGCGAAUUCUUCGACAAGUACAGGUAG